UGAGUAACCACAGCAAACUAGCAAAUCACAUCACAAUUUCUUUUAUUUUUGUAUAAUCAAUAACCAAACUCCAGUAAAUUCAAACAGCAAUUUUAAUUUGCUUCAGUUUGUGAUAAUCUAACAAAAACUACGCAAACUCAGACUUUACAUGUCUUUCAAACCCAUAUCAGAAAACGCUGAAGUUGUUCAGCGAGAACGAGACAAAAUCCUUGAAUUGGUUAGACUAUCAGUCAAGAACCGGACGGACUAUUGCGAGCUUAACAAUUAUCUGCAGAUAUUUCAAACGAACGAAGACGAGAAGUACAAAAAAGAAAUGAAAAAAUUUUUCUACGAACAUUACUCAGAAGCCUUAUGGGCCGAAUUUCUAGUCAACCUAGAACUUGAAGUCAAGAAAAUUCGAAAAAAAGAACUGGGACAACUUGUUAAUGGGACGCAAGAAAUUGACGCACUUGAAAAUUUCUUUCCGUCUCUGGAAAAGCUCAUUCCUCUCAUGAAAGGAUGCCUUGAAGAUAAACUAUUCGAUCCCGGAAAAAUUCUAGGUGACAUUUGGAAAACAUUGAACAAUCAGUAUGAGCGGAUCAGAGUAGUAAAUAUACACGAGAAUGACUUUUUGCUGGCCUUGAAAAGCCAUGUAAAUUGUCUCCUGACAGAGCUCAACGCAAACAGUAUCUCCGAAAUUCCUCUCAUACAAAACAGUCCGACAAUUUCAGAUCUUAUCAAAAACAUCAAGUCCAUAACGUCUCCUUGCGCAAGUUCUGCGGAAACACAAAGCCACAAUGCGCUGAGAUCAAAAAUGCACAAACUUCUAGUUGAAAACUCAGAUCAAUUCCGAACAUCUUUCCAGAGAAAUCUACUGGAACCACUAAUGAAUGAGUAUCGUAGCCCGCCAGAAAUUGAAAUACUUGACAAUGCAACUGACAAAGAUCACAAGGUUCUCAAAGUGAACUGCUGCGGAAUAAACAUCAAUCGACUAAAACAAGAGAUGCAGAAAAUAGAUGUCACGCUUACCGAAACGCGCGUUUAUGCCACGAAUCUUUUCGUUGUUGACAGUGACUUCUCCGGUAUCGGCGCAAACUUUACUGUAUCUAGUCCCAAAAUCAAAAUUUUGCAUCCAGAAACAGUUUUAGAUGUCUCCGGCAUUGAUGCUUCUAACGCCUGCAACCCAGAAAAAGCCGAAGAUGGAGCAAACCCCGGGGCUUCGGGAGCAGAGGGUGUCCACGGUUACCAUGGGAUGAGUGGGGGUAAUGUGACUAUUUGCUGUGACGAAAUAGAAGGGGCAAGCAACUUGAAAAUUAUAUCUAAUGGGGGAAAUGGGGGUGACGGUCAGAAUGGCGGCAAUGGUCGCGACGGAAAAUCUGGUAAAGAUGGCAAAUCAUUGAACUGCAAAUCACAGAACGAUUUUUUAUCAAAAUUUGGAAAACUAGAGUAUAUCGAUGACGUGAAAAAAUUGGCGUCAAAUCUAAAACCAUUCGAAAUUGAAUAUGACGAUAGUAGUUAUUUUUUUGGUACGAAAAGCGAUUUGUAUUUUCAAGGCAAAUACGAAAGCAUGAAGACAACGUUAAUUCACUAUCGGUACCGGGGAAACCUGUGGUUUCGAACCUUGGUCCUUGUCAAAGGUUUGCCAGGCACUGAUGGUUCACAGGGCGGAAAUGCCGGUGCUGCUGGCGCUAAAGGAGAAGGCGGGUACCCUGGAAUAGUCGAAAUUUGUGGCUUAAAAUCAUCAAACUGUAUAGGAAAGGAAGAACUAAUGAAAAAGAUUGAAGCAUUCCCAGGAAAAGACGGCAAAGACGGAUUUCCCGGAAAGCCUGGAAAUGGAGGCCGAAAUGGAAAUAAAGGCGCGGACUGCGGACGCGUGGAAGCUAAUAGAGAGCAGUUUGUAUACUUUGGAGUUCUGGAACUUUAUGAUGACCUCAACGAGACCAAAAGGAGAGUUUGGUCUGGAAAAUCCAAAAAGUACUUUGGAAUUCAAGAAGUUGGAAAAUGGCCGCUAGCGGAUUUCUACAAAGAACAUGGAAAAAAAGCUAUACAACGAUCCAACAAACGCCAGAAAGUUCGUAAAAGACUGAUUGUCAGAAACGAAAUAAACCAAGAAAUGAAACAAGCCAUGAAAAAGAGCCCACAUGUAAAAAUUGGAGCAUUGUUUCAACAAGAACAGAAAGAAGAAGUUAAAGCUGAAGAGCAUGUACAGGAAAACGAAGUAACCAAAACACAUCGUAUUCAAAGUGUCGGAGCUGAAGAAGUGAAACAAAAAAUCAGUUUCACUGUUCCGAAAAAACGAAAAAAGCUCGAAGACAAAAACUUUAUUGGUGUACCUCCGUUUAAAAAAGUCGAAUACCAAAACACUGUAUAGAAAAAGAACUUAUCACAAAGUCAUCGCCAGUUCAGAAAGAAUUUUUACAUGAUUGCAUUAAACAUACAUCUACGCUGUUGCACUACAAUUUACCACCAGAU